AGUUGGAAUUAGAGUUAUGACGUUGUUGUUCAAAUUCUUUGUAUAUUUAGUGUUUAUCAAUCGGUAAUCUAGAUAAAUUGUGUUGUUGUUCAAUUUCUGAAGUAUAGCAGUAUUGUAACCGACACUACAUGUGUUAUUUAAUUGUAAUAAAAUGGGAAAUAACGGACUUAAAAUUAACGGUAUGGAGAAAAUAAUUGGAUUACAAAUUAUUUUAUUCAUGAUUGUUUAUGUUGCUGGUACCCCCUGUUUGAAGUCCAGUUCAGCAUGCCAAGAAAUAAGAAUGCCACUAGUGUCAAACGAACUUAUAGCCCCACUCGUAGCGGAACUGGAUAUAACCUCAAUGAACAAACAGUUAAAAUCCUACAUAAGUGAGGACAUUCAAUUAACAUUUUCCAAGGAUAUCAAAGACAUGGUAAAAAAUGAACAAACCAAUUUAAAGACUACAAUGUUAAAGGAUUACUCGUCCAAAAUGAAGGAGACAAAGGAAGGAUAUGACAUGAAAAUAUCAGAUAUAAUUCAAAAUCUCCAAGCCAACGAAAGAAAAGUUCAAGAAGAAAUGUCUGAAGUUUAUAAGAAUUUAAAUGCAUCUGAAGCAAACUUUAAUAAGAAAAUGACAGAUUUGUUGAGCGGAUUUGAACAAAAACAAGAAAGCCUAAAACGAGCAAUGUUAUCGGAGUAUUUAUCCAAGCUCCAAGUAUCACAUGGCACCAACAACAAACAAAUAAUUGAACUUGCAAAUGAUUUGAAAACUCAAUUUGCAAAUUUAUCACGAAAUAUUAAAGAUGAAUUGCAAACUCAAAAAAAGGAUUUGGAAGAAUGGAAAACCAAUUUGAUUGAAAAACUGAAUGAUACAUUAGCUACUCAAAAGUAUAAAGACUGCAGCUAUAUGAAAGGAAAAAACAAACCAAGUGGAGAAUAUAUCAUAUACCCGGAAAGUUUAAAUGGAAUCCAAACAUACUGUGAUAUGACUACUGACGGCGGAGGAUGGACCGUAAUUCAAAGAAGAAUUGAUGGGACUACAAACUUUGAUAGAACCUGGAAUGAAUAUAAGGAAGGGUUCGGUGAUGUGGAAAAAGAAUACUGGCUUGGUAACAAAUAUUUGAACAUGCUGACAACCAGUGGUAAAUACGAACUGAGAGUUGACUUGGUUGAUACCAAUAAUAAAAAGACGUAUGCAGUUUAUAAGACGUUUGUUGUUGGUGAUGAAAAUUCAAAGUUCAAGUUAACUAUUGGUGAUUACACAGGAACUGCAGGAAAUAGAAUGGAUUACAACAAUGGUAGACCCUUCACCACCAAGGACAGAGACAAUGAUUCCAGUAGUUCAAAUUGUGCUACUAAUAACAACUAUGGACCAUGGUGGCACAAAAGCUGCAGUUAUGUUUACCUUAAUCUUGACUUAAAAAAAAUAAAAAUGAAAUGGUAUAAUUUUAAGUUCAUCAAAGCUGUAAUGAAGAUCAGAAAAAUCACCUAAAAGACAUUUCUGUAAAUAGAAUAAAAGACACUAGAUGCAAGUUUUAUUUUUUUUUCGGAAAGGGGAAAUGAAAGGGUUGAUAUGAGACAUCAGUCAGAAGACAUUUGAAGGUACAGUGAAGAUAUUCCGAAAUUUAAAACAAACAAUCGUACA